AUAAAUAUUGACAUGGCACGAUCGCCGGGUGCUGUUAUCGGCGUUAUCGCGCUAAUAUUGAGCAUUAUUUCAACAGAAACGGUGUUAUCUAAUAAAGCGCGAAAUGUUCUCAUACUACUCGCGGAUGAUGGAGGUUUCGAACUGGGAGUGUAUCGUAAUAAAAUAUGCCAAACACCCAACAUAGAUGCGCUGGCACGACGUAGCCUCAUAUUUAAUAAUGCUUUCUCUUCGGUCAGCAGUUGCUCGCCCAGUCGAGCGGCCCUUCUCACUGGCGCUCCAAGUCACCAGAAUGGCAUGUACGGACUACACCAUGGAGUUCAUCAUUUUAAUUCCUUCGAUAAUGUGACAAGUUUGCCGAACUUGUUGCGGGAACAUGGGAUUUAUACCGGUAUAAUUGGUAAGAAGCAUGUUGGACCACAAAAUGUCUACAAAUUUGACUUUGAACAGACUGAAGAGAACAACCACAUCAACCAAGUGGGUCGCAACAUUACUCAUAUGAAACUACUUGCGAGGAAAUUCCUCAACGAAGCCAACAAACAAAACAAGCCAUUUUUCCUAUACGUCGGGUUUCAUGACCCUCAUCGUUGCGGGCAUAGUGAGCCCCAGUGGGGACCUUUCUGCGAACGUUUCGGCUCAGGGGAGCCUGGAGCUGGUCUCAUACCAGACUGGAAGCCCUGGUACUAUCAGUGGGACGAGGUGCAACUACCUUACCAUGUGCAAGACACUGAAGCUGCGCGGAGAGACAUAGCAGCCCAAUAUACGACAAUGUCGAGAUUAGAUCAAGGUGUUGCUCUCAUGCUUCAAGAACUGGAAGCAGCUGGACACAAAGACGACACGUUGGUCGUGUAUACAUCGGACAAUGGUAUACCGUUCCCAUCUGGUCGUACAAAUUUUUACGAUGCUGGACUUAGAGAACCGCUGUUGAUAUCAUCACCGGAACCUACCUCUAGGAAAAACGAAGUCUCCGGAGCUAUGGUUAGUUUACUGGACAUAACGCCUACUGUGCUGGAUUGGUUUGGGAUCAAAAAGGAACGGGAAAUUAGCAAUGAUAUAUGGGGCGAUGACCGGCCUAAAAGUCUACUGCCCAUUUUGGAAAAAGAGCCACCACACUCAGAUCAGGAAGCAGUUUUCGCGUCGCAAACUCAUCACGAGAUCACGAUGUACUAUCCGAUGCGCGCCGUGCGUACCCGACGAUACAAACUUAUCCACAAUCUCAACUACGGCAUGCCGUUCCCAAUUGAUCAGGAUUUGUAUGUUUCGCCCACUUUCCAGGAUAUUCUGAACCGCACUCGUAGCAAGCAACCGCUGCCGUGGUACAAAACGCUCAAGCAGUAUUAUUACCGACCUCAGUGGGAGUUGUAUGAUCUAAAAAUGGAUCCAGAAGAAGUCAAUAACCUGCACGGUAAGCCGUCGUUAGAGCAAGUGGAGUCAACGUUACGUGAAAGGCUUCACGAGUGGCAGCGCUCCACGCGCGACCCCUGGCUCUGCUCGCCCGACGCUGUGAUGGAGCGCGGGGACAGCAGCGCCGUCUGCAUGUCUCUGGACAACGGCCUGUCUCACUACCAUCCCAGAUAAAAAGGAAUUAAUUUGAAAAAAAAUUGGAGCAUUCGAUCUCGUACUGUUAAUUUUUAAUAGUUGACAUUGAAAAAUCAA